AUGACCGCUCUCAUCACGAAGCAACGGUACAACUGGAUGGGGUACGAUGGUGUCGAGUCGGCGGUAUGCGACACGGCUCUCCUACGCUCCGAUGGCGGGCCGGCGAACAACUACAACUACAUGCAUCGCCAGCAAGUGAUUAUGGAGGUAAAGGAGCGCCUGUACCGCAUUAAGCGUGAUCUCGGCCUCAUCCCCGAGGAGGAGCUGCGCGCCGAGGAGAGGGCCAUCCAGCGCCGUCGCAUGGAGAAGAAGCGUCGCGAGGAAGAAGAGCGCAUACGCAAGGAGGCCGAGGAGGCUGCCCGUGCCGAGGAGAUGGAGCGCCGGCAUCUGGAGCUUGAGGAGGCCGAGGAGCGAGCCAGCGCCGAGGAGGUCGCGACCCAAGCCAGUGCCGAGCACAAGCACUACAUGAACGACAGCGACGAGGAUAGCGACGAGGAGAACGGCAUCGAUGAUGAGCAGAGUGCCAGCCUCGUAGCUAUGCUCCGCACGCAGGAGGAAAUCGACAGCGCCAUCGCGGGCUUUACCAAGGGUACCCGUAUGCUGCUCGCUUCCUCCGGCAACGGCUACGUCAGCUACCUCGACGGGAGCGUGCACUUCACAAUCGCCAAGGUCGAGAGCCACAACGCCUCCAACCGCGAGAAGGUGAUGCAGGCGCUGGCCGGCACCAACGUUGCCAUGCCUACCGCCGAGGAGUACUCGCUGGAGGAGGUGCGGCAGGCGAUGCACGACCGCGACACUGCGCGCAAGAAGCUGGACGCCCUCCGCGCUCUCCAGGAUCCCACGUACACGGCGCGCAUCCGCUCGGCCGAGAAGGACACUUACGGCACCCCGGUGCAGCAACUGAUGGAGGAGGACGGCGACAUGUCUGCCCUGGUCGCCAACUGCGAGGAUGCGAAGCGUUUUGCCGAGAGUGUGCGCAAGGCGUACAACAGCAGAGCUGCGGCGAGCGCCCAUGCCCUUGCGUGCGCGCUCUGCACGCCCCCCUUCACUGCCGAGCAGGAAAGUACAAGCGAAGCCCAGGCCCCUGCUGGAAAGAUGGCCAAUGCAGAAGACGGGGUGUCGCAGCCCACUGGCGCGAAUUCGCCCUCAUCGUCGACGUCGGCGCAGUAG